AUGGCGAACGAAGAUGGUGGAGAUGGUGAUUUGGGUAGAGAGAUUAAAACGUGCGCUGUGUUGGGCGGAAGGGGAUUUAUAGGCCGCACCUUGGUGGAGAGGCUGCUGAAAGUUGGCAGUUGGAUCGUCCGAGUUGUUGAUGCCGCCAAAGUUCCCGAGCUUGAAUCGUCCGAGUUGCUUCUCGCCGACGCUUUAUCCUCCGGCGGCGCGGUUUAUUUCCAGGUUGAUGUGCGUGAUAAAUCCCAAAUCGUGGAAGCUAUUAAUGGUGUUUCAGUUGUAUUUUAUACUGACUCUAUGGAUUCAUACCCUCCCGAUUUCUAUUUUUGCUACAAUAUCAUUGUUCAAGGUGCAAAAAAUAUAGUGAAUGCUUGUCAAGAAUGUAAAGUUAAACGGCUAGUUUACAACAGCUCUGCUGUUGUAGUUUUUGAUUAUUCCCACAACAUAUGUCAUGGAAAUGAGUCCUUGCCAUAUUCUGGCCAAGUCUGGGACACAAUCACUGACCUUAAGACUCAAGCGGAGGCACUCAUCUUAUUUGCCAACGAUGUUGAUGGCCUUUUAACAUGUGCCCUUCGUCCUUGCAAUGUAUUUGGGCCUGGAGAUAAACAAAUUUUACCUAUGCUGGUGAAUGUGGCAAAAUCCAACUGGGCUAAGUUUAUUAUAGGAAGUGGAAACAACCUCUCGGAUUUCACUUAUGUUGAGAAUGUUGCCUAUGCUCAUAUCUGUGCGGAAGAAUCUCUAUGUUCUCAAUUGGCAACUGUAUCUGGGAAGGUCUUUUUCAUAACUAAUCUUGAGCCAAUGAAAUUUUGGGAAUUUGCAUCUUCUUUGCUGGAGGGCUUGGGCUACCUGAGGCCUGUAAUCAGUCUCCCUGCUUGGGUGGUCCGCUGUAUAGUUUAUCUUAUAAAAUUGCUGCAUGUGAAGUCAGACACCAAAAGGCUUGAUCUAUGUGCUUCUGUUUACAAUAUUGCUUCUUUCGCUUCACACACAAGGACUUUUAGUUGUUCUGCAGCACAGAACCAUAUUCAAUAUUCACCAGUUGUCACCAUGGAAGAAGCGGUGAAGCUAACUGUUGAUUCAUUCUCCCACUUGACUGUAGACUCAGCUUUCAUGAGAUAUAAGGAGUUCAAUGAACUGUCAACAGUCGAGAAGCUGUUAGGCAGUGGAGAAGUUGCUGAUAUUCUGUUGUGGAGGAAUGAGAAGAAAACCUUCUUUUCUUUCGUACUUCUUGCUCUCCUGUAUUACUGGUUUUCCCUGUCAGGGGGAGCUUUUAUUUCAUCACUUGCUCAGCUGCUUCUGCUAAUUGCUGUUUUGCUUUGUGGACAUUACAUUCUACCAUUGAUUGGAUAUGGAUCAAGAGUUCCUAGAUUAUCAUCAUCGUGUUUUGAGAUCUCGGAAGUUGACAUGAGAAAUUCUUUUUUCACCAUGAAAUGUAUGUUCGAUAAAAUGGAUUAUAUUAUAAAGUCAUUGGCUCAAGGAGAAGACUGGGCACUCUUUUUAAAGGUGUCCACGUUUCUGUAUUCCUGUAAGGUGAUCAUUCCCCAGUACCUAAGUACUGCCAUUGGUUUGGUUUUGAUAUUUUCGUUCACCUUGUGCUAUGUCUAUUCGCAAUAUGAGGAGAAAAUUGAUGGGAUAGCUCGAGUUGUAUACAGCAUUGAGGAAUCUGACCGUAACUGGUCUGGUAAUCGACAAUGA